GACCAGCGGAGAAAGGCGGCUCCCUGCCUUCCAGAGCCGGCCGGGUGCGGCUCGCAGGCCUGUGGCAGCGGGGACAAAGGCCAGCUCCAGCUGCCUCUACAAACAGCCCCGGCCUCUGCAUUCCGUGGCCAUGAGAGCUGCCUCCCUCUUCCUGCUCCUGCUGCCCGCAGGCCUGCUGGCUCAGGGCCAAUACGACCUGGACCCGCUGCCGCCGUUCCCUGACCAUGGGCAGUACCCUCACUACGGCGACCAAAUCGAAACCCCGGACUACUACGAAUAUCACGAGAUGAGCACUCGGCCCUCGGAGGAGGAGCAGUUCCAGUUCCAGUCCCAGCAGCAAGUACAACAGGAAGUCAUCCCUGUUCCCACCCCAGAACCAGGAAACGGGGAGACAGAGCCCACGGAGCCUGGGCCCCUUGACUGCCGAGAGGAGCAGUACCCGUGCACCCGCCUCUACUCCAUACACAAGCCUUGCAAACAGUGUCUCAACGAGGUCUGCUUCUACAGCCUCCGCCGCGUGUACGUCGUCAACAAGGAGAUCUGUGUCCGCACCGUGUGUGCCCAUGAGGAGCUCCUCCGAGCUGACCUGUGCCGGGACAGGUUCUCCAAGUGCGGUGUGAUGGCCAGCAGCGGCCUGUGCCACUCGGUGGCGGUCUCCUGCGCCAGGAGCUGUGGGGGCUGCUAGGGCAGAGCGGGCACCCCAGCCCUGGACCCCAGGCGCUGCCUCACCUGGUGCUUCUCUCCCCACCCCCACCUCUUACUCUGUCAACAGUGGGUGGACUGAGGCCCCGGGGGCUGCUGUGGUGCCUGGGCCACGCCUGGGCCACCAUGGGGUGGGGGCUCCCUCUGGGCCACUCUCUGCCCCCUGGGUGGGGACAUCUCAGGCCUCUCUGAGACCUGUACCCCAAUGUGCCUUCUCCGUCCCGCUGGGGACAGCCCCCGAGAUGGGCUGUGAGCUCACUCCAGCUGGCCAUCUCCCGGGCAUGGGCCACUUUUGUUUUAUACAAAAUUAAA